CAUAAACAAAUCCUAGUCAUCUAAGGCCAAAACCUUGGGCCUGGGGGUAUAUAAAGGCCAAAACCUGAAUCCCCUCUUCCAUACUCAUCCAACUUCCUUUUCUCUGCAGUAACCAACCAUCUUAACAGAGUUUCAUAUGUCUUUCUCUGCAAUGGGGACACUCCCUACAACACAAGGAAAAACCAUCCCAGAUGCGUGGGAUUACAAGGGCCGCCCUGCAGAGAGGUCCAAAACCGGUGGUUGGAUUGCAGCCGCCAUGAUUUUAGGAGGAGAAGUGAUGGAGAGGUUAACAACACUAGGUAUUGCUGUCAAUUUAGUGACAUAUUUGACGGGUACAAUGCAUUUGGGCAAUGCUGUCUCCGCCAAUGUUGUCACCAACUUCUUGGGAACCUCCUUCAUGCUCUGUUUAUUGGGUGGAUUUUUAGCAGAUACCUUUCUCGGAAGAUACCUCAAUAUCGCUGUCUUUGCAGCUGUUCAAGCAACUGGUGUUACUAUCUUGACGAUAUCAACUAUAAUUCCGAGCUUACAUCCUCCAAAGUGCAGUGAAGAUCACACUGCGCCAUGCGUGCAAGCAGACAGCAAUCAGCUGACGGUGCUGUAUUUAGCGCUUUACGUGACGGCGCUCGGCACCGGCGGGUUGAAAUCCAGCGUGUCAGGAUUCGGGUCAGACCAGUUUGAUGAUUCAGACGAUGAAGAGAAGAAGGGAAUGAUCAAAUUCUUCGACUGGUUCUACUUCUUCGUGAGCAUUGGGUCUCUGGCUGCAGUGACAGCUCUUGUUUACAUUCAAGACAACGUGGGGAGGAUAUGGGGUUAUGGAAUAUGUGCCUGUGCCAUUGUGUUCGCGCUAGUUGUGUUCUUGUUGGGGACCAAGAAGUACAGGUUUAAGAAACCGGUGGGGAGUCCACUGACUCAGAUUGCAGAGGUGGUUGUGGCGGCUUGGAGGAAGAGGCACUUGCAAGUGCCCUCUGAUUCUUCAUUGCUGUUUGAUGACGAUGAUGGCAUGUUAGAUGAAUCAGGAAAGACCAAGAAGCAGAGGUUGCCGCAUAGUGAGCAGUUCAGAUUCUUGGACAGAGCAGCAAUCAAGGACACAGAAAAUGCAGGUGGAAUCACAAAAAAGAAGAAAUGGUAUCUCACUACUUUAACAGACGUAGAAGAAGUAAAACAGAUCGUCAGAAUGCUCCCAAUUUGGGCCACCACCAUCAUGUUCUGGUCGAUCCACGCUCAAAUGACCACAUUCUCAGUCUCCCAAGCUACCACCAUGAACUGCCACAUCGGAUCAUUCGAAAUCCCCGCCGCAUCAAUGACUGUCUUCUUAAUCGGAACCAUCCUCUUAACUGUCCCCUUCUAUGACCGCUUCAUUGCUCCGGUGGCCAAAAAAGUACUCAAAAACCCACAAGGAUUCACCCCUUUGCAGCGCGUAGGUGUCGGUUUAGUCCUCUCCGUCAUAUCAAUGGUGGCGGCAGCGGUCGUUGAACUAAAACGGUUGAGAUUCGCUGAAUCACAUGGUUUUAUCGAUACUCCAAAGGCGAAGAUGUCACUGAGCGUGUUUUGGUUGGUCCCACAGUUCUUCUUUGUUGGGUCAGGGGAGGCAUUUAUGUACAUGGGCCAGUUGGAUUUUUUCCUUAGAGAGUGCCCUAAAGGGAUGAAAACCAUGAGCACUGGGCUUUUCUUAAGCACAUUGUCAUUGGGCUUUUUCUUUAGCUCAUUGUUGGUGACUAUAGUAAACAAGUUGACAGGCCCGAGUCAACCCUGGAUUGCAGAUAAUCUUAAUAGAGGGAGGCUCCAUGACUUUUAUUGGCUCUUGGCUAUUCUGAGUGCUAUAAAUGUGGUGAUUUAUUUGGGUUGUGCUAAGUGGUAUGUUUACAAGGAGAAGAGGCUUGCUGAGCAGGGUAUAGAAUUGGAAGAAACAGAUGUUGCUACUUUUCAUGCAUAGGAUAGGAGGAAUGAAAUGAAUUCUAUCUAUAAGCCAUUUUUUUCUUCCUCUUCUUUGUAACAAUAAUAACAUGCUGCUUUGCUUCCACUGUAUUAAUCUUAUCAAGUACUUGUUUCCUAAGGAUACCAGUUAAGAGACAUUUAAUAUAUACUGUUAAAUGUAUGUACUUAUUUAAAAAUUAAAAAGUAAAUGAAAGAAGUUUUUAUAUUGUGAGAA